AUGCCACCCAAACACAGACACCGAGGUAAGAAACGUGACAGAAAGCUAGACCUUACAAGUGGCAUAGCGGAGGUCUCUCCCCUAAAUUGUUUUUGGGGGGGAGCAAUCACCAUCUCGCCCGAGCUGGCCGAAUGGCUACAGGACAGCGAGGAGCAAGGAGAGAGGGAGCUGUUGCAGAGCUGGGAGGGCUGCAAGCUCGCCGAACCGGCGGACUGGCUGGGAAACAGCGAGGAGCAGGGAGAGACAGAGGCGCGGCAAAGCUGGAAAGGCUGCAGGCUCGCCAUCCGGCGGACGCCGUUUAAAGGUGAGGCAGCUGAGGGAAGCAGGUUCCCACGCUCCGACGAGGAAGUACGGGCCAGGGAGGUUGGGUACAUCGGAGGCGAACGGGAACAAGAGCCCGAGGAGGAGCGAGGUAAAAAGGAGGAUGGGACCCGGGAACUGCUCAAGUUCUGGGCAGAGGUGAAUAAGGAGCGCAUUCGGGGCCUGCAAGAGCAGGUGGAACAGCUCCAGCACCUGCUCAUCCGACUCCACGAGAGCCAAGUAACAGGCUCUGAGCUUCCUCCUUCUCAGCCUCUCAUGGACAGCGAGGACUUCGCCGAGGGUUUCACGCUUCUUCCUCCUCCGCCGCCUCUCCUCGACAGCGGGGACGUCACGCUUCUUCCCCCACCUCCCGGCUUCGAGGACAUCAUGCCAGCUCCUCAGCCUGGCCUCGGGGACGUCACGCUUCUUCCCCCGCCUCCCGGCUUCGAGGACAUCAUGCCAGCCCCUCAGCCUGGCCUCGGGGACGUCACACUUCUUCCCCCGCCUCCCGGCUUCGAGGACAUCAUGCCACUCACACAGCGCAUGCGCACACAUGCGCGGCGUCCAUCAGGCAGGGUGCAGACGGGCAGCGGCGCCUCGCGCUGUUCGAGGAUGUGUUUGGACCUCCAGCAGGGGUGUAGCAGACAUUUUAAUAGUGAGAGACCAACAGCUGAUGUAGGGAUGGAGACUUGUAUGACCUCAGAUGAGGGGACAUCCAGCUUCCUAGGACGCAUCAUCAUCGUGAACGAAGAGAACGAUGGAUCCCAGACAUCUCUGAAAGAAGAGCCUAAGGACGACUAUUACCUCUGUGGAGAAACAUCAGACUCUGUGGACCAACAGAAUGAAGAAUUCCAAAUUAAACUUAUAAAAGAAGAAGAAGAUGAAGCUGAAGAUGAGGACUAUCUCUACUGUGAGAUUUGCAGAUCUUUCUUCAUCAAUAAGUGUGAGCUUCACGGUCCACCCCUCUUCAUCCCUGAUACGCCUGUUCUUAUUGGGGUUUGGGAUCGCGCCAGACAAACACUUCCACCAUUUCUGGAUAUUCGGAGGUCUGAUAUUCCAGACGCAGGUCUGGGAGUGUUUAACACAGGAGGCACAGUGCCAGUAGGUGUGCACUUUGGGCCAUAUGAGGGAGAGCUGGUGAACCAAGAGGAAGCUAUGAACAGUGGCUACUCCUGGGUGAUAUCCCACCGAAGACUAUGUGAGCAGUACAUUGACGCUAAGAAAGAGAUACAUGCUAACUGGAUGAGGUAUGUGAAUUGUGCUCGUAACGAUGAAGAACAGAAUUUGGUGGCUUUUCAGUAUCGAGGGGGGAUCUUCUACCGCUGCUCUCGACCCAUUGAACCAGGACAGGAGCUGUUGCUGUGGUAUGGAGAGGAAUACGCCAAAGAUCUCAGCAUCGCAUUCCACUACCUCUGGAAGAAAAAAUGCUUUGCAAAUGGAAUGAACAGCACACAAGUGUUCUCCUGCUCUUUGUGUCCAGCAUCCUACACUUCUCAAGUUUACUUUCACAAACAUGUUAGAAGAUGCCACUAUGAGGAGUAUUUGAGACUGCUGAAUUCAGGAGAGAUUAAAUUUGAGACACUGAUGCCCACGAGGAACUCCAGUAGUCAGCAGACCUCGCCUGGUUCUCUGGGCACUAAUACAUCUCAUGAACAGAAGCAGGAGGAGGACCAUCCCUGCUCACACUGUGGAAAAAGUUUUACUCAGCUGAGGACUCUCCAGUUACAUCAGUGCAUUCCCACCGGGAAAAAAACACACCAGUGUUCAUCAUGCGGAAAGAUUUUUAGCAACAAAGGAACUCUGGUAAGACACGUACGCAUUCACACCGGAGAGAAGCCGUUCCACUGUGCGCAGUGUGGGAGGAGUUUUACUCAGAAAAGUCACCUUCAAACACAUGAGCGCAUUCACACUGGAGAAAAACCGUUUCAUUGCUCACACUGCGGGAAGAGUUUUAAUCACCAGAGUCAUCUCCAGCAACACCAACGCAUCCACACCGGAGAGCGGCCGUAUCAGUGCUCGCAGUGCGGUCGGGGUUUCACUCACCUUGGGCACCUCCAGCAGCAUCAGCGCACACACACUGGGGAAAAACCCUUCCAGUGCUCAGAGUGUGGGAAAAGUUUUAAUCACCAGAAUAAUCUCCAAACUCACCAGCGCAUUCACACAGGCGAAAAACCGUAUCACUGCACACUGUGUGGGAAAAGUUUUACCCACCAGAGCCAUCUCCAGUUCCAUCAACACAUCCACACCGGCGAGAAGCCGUUUCAGUGCUCGGUGUGUGGGAAAUGUUUCAAUCGAGCCAGUCACCUUCAACAACACCAGCGCACUCACACAGGCGAGAAACCGUACCAGUGCACCGUUUGUGGGAAACGUUUUACACGAAACACUCAUCUACAAAAACACGAGCGCAAACACGCAUCAGAGACGGCGUACUAACGUGCAAUAAGGUGCAGACUGUGCAUAUGCACUUACACAGCCAUCAGGCUCAGCACAGAAGUAUAAUCAUGUUCAGAUUAAUGUGACAAAUGACGUGAAGCAUGUUUUAGCUGUGUAGUUGUUUAGGCAUCCUGUUGACUAAAAAUACAUUUAAAUUUUUUCAAAACAAUUUAUCUAGGUAUGUUGAAUGUGGCAGGACGGUGGUGUAGUGGUUAGCUUUGUCACCUUGCACCUCCAGGGUCCGGGUUCGAUUCCCGGCCAGGUUCAAUUCCUCGAUUCUCGAUCCCUGUGUGCGUGGAGUUUGCAUGUUCUCCUCGUUGGUGGGUUUUCUCCGGGUACUCUGGUUUCCUCCCACAGUCCAAUAACCGGCGGGUUAGGCUAAUUGGCGUUCCCAAAUUGCCCAUAGUGUGUGAAUGAGUGUGUGUGCCCUGUGAUGGAUUCAAUUCAAUUGAAUUUUAUUUGUAUAACGCUUUUAACAAUUGUCAUUGUCCCAAAGCAGCUUUACACAAUCAAAAGAAUUUUGUAUGGAAUUUGAAUGUGUAUAAAUCAAAAUUGUGAUGCCAAUCAUGGAUUGGCACCCUGACUAUCUCCUGGGAUAGGCUCCAGGUCCCCGUGACCCUAAAUAAAGGAUAAAGUGGUAUAAAAGACCAGUGAAGAGAAGCGAUUAUGGAGGAUCAGGUGAGUAUGAUGUUCAGUGAUGACACACUGCAUUGGCCAAGAAGACGAUGCUGGAGGUUCUGGUCUGCUGAUGUAUAAAGAUGACUGCCUGAAGACCGAGGUGUAAUUUCUCACAGUGUAGUUUAUAAAAACUCUGGUUAC